GGGGGGUUGACAAAAAAGAAGCUGCACUCAUUUGCCAUGGAUUUCAUAUUCUCAUUCACACAUGCGUAGAUGCUUAUACAAUUCAAAGUUAUGCAUUAGAUGGGGUAAUCCAACUAGUUGUAAUGAUGUGAGUAGGCUUCUCUUGUUCCCCAGUUUUCCCCGAAAUUUUCCUUUACCAUACAGCUCCAAAACAACAACUUUAUAGAUGCUUAUGGACCAUAUAUGCUGGUAACUAAAGCUCAAUAUAAUAAGGGCAGCAGAGUGAAGAAAAAUGGUACCUAUAUUAAGGAACAUUUGCAGUUGAAUCCAAGCAUCAGACUCCAUGGCGUUAACGAAGAUCGAUCCUGACUACAGGUCAACGCUUUCUCAAGCACAUCCAGAGACGAUGGAUUUUCUUUCAAAUGCUUGGUGCAACUUCGCGGUUCAGGCUUUCCAACCUGAGGCACAAGAGCAGUCACUUGUUCUUCAGGACAACUCAAUAAAAGUAUUCGACCAUGAUAUGAAACAUCCGUCUAUGAAUAUGAAUGUAUACUUGCAGAAGAUGGAUAAGAGUGCAAAGAUGGAUGCCGAUGACAAGUUUGUGCCUCAUUGGAAAGCCAACGAUGUAAAGUCAUGGAUAUGGAUGCAACAAGCAAUGCACCCAGAAGUGAAUUAUAACAGCUACUUCAGACGGAAAUGGAUGCCAUGGAAACUUGCACCAUUUAAACACGUGUCGAUCAAAAAAUGGCUGAAAGAAAUAAAACAGAGGCGGAAAGAAGAGCAGAGAUUACAGAAGGCAGAAGUUCAUGCAGCAAUAUCCGUGGCCGGUGUUGCAGCUGCCCUAGCUGCAAUAGCAGCGGAAAAUUCGCAACAUAAUGACAGAAACACGACCCAGGAAUCUGCUGUUGCUUCUGCAGCUGCCUUAGUGGCUGCACAAUGUGCAAAGGUGGCAGAGGCAAUGGGGGCAAAGAGAGAGCAGCUCAGCAGCGUAAUAAGUUCAGCCAUCAGCGGCACAAGUGCUGAUGAGAUAGUAACACUAACAGCCGCAGCUGCAACAUCAAUAAGAGGAGCUGAUACUCUAAAAGCCAGAUCAGGAUACAAAAACAGAUUAAAUGGUAGUUCUCCAGUGCUGCCACUUGAGGAUAACAACGAACUUGAUUUCAACUUUGAGCAAUGCAGAUCAAUUCUGGCCAAGGGUGCAGAGCUCAAUAUUGAGACAACAGAUGGAAGGUAUUUGCUGAGGUCAGUGGCAGUCAUCCUUAAUAAUGAAGGAAAGGUUGUUCUCAAAAUGAAGAAACUCAACAUGCUGAAUGCUCUUGCAAGACAAAAGGAAAGUAUUGUCCUUGACAUGCACGUUGAGCUAUAUAAAGAUUCAGAAGCUGGAGAAAUGGAAACGGCAUAUCUUAUUGUACUAACAACAGACAAGGGGAUGAUCAAGCUGGACAUGGUGAAUGACUAUCAGCGUCACAGGACAUGGUCAAUGACUAUAAAUCACAUGCUAAUGCUCUCAACUACAUUUACAAAGUAUGAGCUACAAUUCUACAAAGGUUGAAGCCUCUAAAAGUUUCCUCCAGCGGAGGAUCAUUGUUUAUGCCCAAAAGCCUUACCCCUGUUGUUGCCUGAUAAAUAUUGUAAUUUUCUUCCGGAGCAUCAUCUGUUGAUUUGCAUAUUGAUGAUUUGUAUUAUAGGAUGUAAAC